UUUUACCUUGAUUAUAAAAAUAUAGAUGUGUUAGAUUUAGACAUUCUAGGAGUUGAAAUACUGAAGACUUCAGCUAAAAUGCUAUGCAUAGUUCUGAUAAUUCCGGAGUAUUUAAAACAGUUAAUUUUCAUGAACAAUUUUAUAGCAAUUCCUAACUUCACGCUGCUCUCAUAUCUAAGAACUUGGUUCAGAAAUUAAAGGUUAAGAAUUAAGAAAUAAUAUUGGUGACCUAAGUCCAUAUUUCCUUGGUGAGGAUUCUUAAAGGACAAAAUGCUUGGGUUCUCCCAAAAUGUCAGAAACUUUUCAGUUUACGUACAUAUGUCAUGAAGGAAUAUGAGUUGGAACCAUUUAGAAUUUGUAAAUGUUAAGGUAUUUAGACUGCUCUUAAAUCUGGUUCUUGUUUUAAUUAUCUGCUCCAAGAUUUCUGAUAUAAGCUUGGCUGUGAUUAAUUCUUGAAAUUUCUGAUUCAGCUAUGAAUUUAGUAGUAAAUAAGGCAAAAUUUCUUGUAAAAGUUGGAGAUAUUUUCUGAUAUUUCGAUCAGGCUAAGCUUGGUGGAUUCGGUCAUUUAUUCAUUGAAAUGGUGUCCAUAGCUUCAUAUAAUUUGUUUUACCUUGGAUGUUAGGGACAACCAAGCUAAUUUCAUUUUCGUUGAUUGAGGGUAUUCUAAGGGUGGUUCUUUAUAAUUUUACAAAGAAUUAAGGAUUUUAUUGCAGGAUUUUGGUCUAACUGAACUGUAUGGCUAUGAAUAAAGGGGGUAUAACUGGUUUAGGAUGCCUCAUCUUCUACUCCUUUAUAAACCUGAUUUAAUCAAUAUUUAUCAACACCAAGUAUGCUAUAAAGGAGGUUUAUUGAUUCAAGAAAAAUAUCAAUACCAGAAGUGUGAGGCAUGGACAAAUAAGGCUAAGAAACUGAUAUUUAUUUUGACCUGGGACAUGCCCAAAUGACUCUCUCAACAUGAUCUAUGGACUUUAGAAGUGUCUAACCCUCAUCUGAACUCACAAACUUGCAUGCUUACCGCUUGGAGAUGGUGUUGGGGGUAUUUAUACCAGAUGUUUACUUAAAAGGGUAAAAUAAAACCUCCAAGCUGUUUUAGUAAUUUAUAUUAGUAUA